AUGGAGCCGGCGGCGGCCGGGACGGGAAACCUUUCCCGCGGCGGCAACGAGAGCAGCGGAGCGGCGGCGGAGGCGGUUCCGGCGGGGUGGUCGGUGGCAGCCCUGGCCUCGCAGGCGCUGGCGCUGCUGCUCAUCUUCGCCCUCUCGGCGCUGGGCAACGGGGCGGUGGUGCUGGUGAUCGCCCGGCACCGGCAGCUCCGCACGGUCACCAACGCCUUCGUGCUUUCCCUGUCGCUGUCGGAGCUGCUGGGGGCCUUGCUCUGCCUGCCCCUCGCCUUCCUCAGCUUGCUCAGCCGCCCGCCCGGCUCUUGGCUCUUCGGGCAGCGCCUCUGCUUGGCCAGCGCCGCCCUCCACGCCGGGCUGGGCAUCGCCGCCACCCUCACCAUGGCCCUGCUCUCUUUCGACCGCUACUGCGCUAUCGUCCGCCAGCCCCGACACAAGAUGGGUCGCCGCCGCGCUGCCCAGCUCCUGGCCGCCGUCUGGCUGGCAGCCUUGGCUCUGGCCGGACCUUGGUACGGGUUGGCGGGCGAAGGGCAGCGGGAGGCUCGUCCGGGAGCUUACCGCUGCGUCUACGUGCUGCCCUGGGGAUCCUCCCGUCUGGGGCCGCCCUACGGCGCGGCCAUCAUCGUGCUCUGCUACCUCCUGCCCUUCGCCCUCAUGUGCUUCUGCCACUACAACAUCUGCCGGGCGGUGCGGAUGGCCGAGAGCCGGGUGCGGCCCCUCACCACCUACGGGCACCUGCUGCGGGCCUACGGGGAGAUGCGCACGGCCACCACCGUCCUCAUCAUGAUCGUCUCCAUCAUCUGCUGCUGGGGGCCCUACUGCAUCCUAGGGCUGGCGGCCGCCGCCGGCCACCUGCCCUUCUCGCCCACCAUGGACGCCGUGGCCAGCGGGAUGGCCUGGGCCAACGGCGCCAUCAACCCCCUCAUCUACGCCGCCCGCAACCCCAACAUCUCCGUGCUGCUGCGGAGGAGCCGUGAGGGUGGCUACAGGACUAGGAACAACGUAGCAGCCUAUCUCUCAGCCCCGGCACGCCGGCUGGAGCCCCAGCGUCGGGCUGACCGCGUCCGGGAGCGCUACCUCAACAGGCACAAUGGCCCCCCGGGCAGUGCCCCGUCCUCCUCCAGCCCAGCCAGUGGGGGAGAGGUGGCCAUGUGGGCCUGCAAGAACCCCGCUGUGCUCUUCUGUCGGGAUGGGCAGCCAGACACCAUCUCUGAGGCCGCCUUGCAGGCUAAAGUGGACACUGUCAACACCAGCCUCUGAAGGGAUGGAGGCUCUGGGCCUCGGGGUCCUGAAGAAAUAAUGUA